AUGGGUUCAUUGAAAUCGUUUAUCAAAGCGGUCAGAAAGUCCAAGACGAUUGCCGAUGAACGGGCGGUGGUUAUGAAGGAAUCGGCAUCUAUUAGAACAUCAUUUAGAGAUGCUAAAUUAGAUCAGACUACCAGAAGAAUCAAUAUUUCCAAGUUAUUAUACUUAUACAUUAUGGGUGAAAAGACACAUUUUGGACAGGUUGAAUGUAUUAAAUUACUAGCAUCGCCACGUUUUGCUGAUAAAAGGUUGGGAUAUAUGGCUACCAUGUUGUUACUAGAUGAGAACCAAGAAGUUUUAACAUUGUUGACUAACUCGUUGGAUAACGACAUGCAACACCCUAAUGCAUUCAUUGUGGGAUUAGCCUUAUGCUGUUUAGGUAAUAUCGCUUCUCCGGAAUUAGCACGAGAUUUGUACACUAAUGUUGACAAGAUUAUCACGACUAAUAACCUUUAUUUGAAGAAGAAGGCUUGCAUUGUGGCAGCAAAAUUAAUUGAAAAGGACCCAGAUUUAUCUGAAAUAUUCAUGCCUAAAGUUCCGCAAUUGAUAUCUGAUAAGCUGCCGGGAGUCUUAUUGGGUGCAUUAAGGUUGAUUCAAGCAUUAUAUUUUGCAAGUCCUGAACACAGAGAAAACUUGAUUAAAACUAUACCAAAAAUCGUUGGGCAUUUGAAGAGAGUAGCGAGCAGUGGCUAUAUCCCUGACUAUGAUGUUUUAGGGAUUCUGGAUCCUUUCCUUCAGGUUUCUUUACUAACAACGAUAAGAAUUUUAGCGGUAGAUGAAAACUGCCCUCCUAAAUAUUUAGAAGAAAUUAAUGAUAUUUUAACACAAGUUGCGUCCAAUAUCGAAAGUGGUAAAAAUGCAGCUCAUGCAAUUUUGUAUGAGUGUGUAAAGACAAUUUUUGCUAUCCAAUCCGACCAGUCUUUGAAGAUUUUAGGUGUGAACUUAUUGGGAAAAUUUUUGUCUACCAAGGACAACAAUACAAGAUAUGUUGCUCUCGAUACAUUAUUGACGGUCAUUAAUAUCGAACCAUUGGCGGUACAAAGGCACAGGACUACCAUCGUUAAUUGUUUAUCUGAUGGCGAUAUUUCGAUUAGAAGAAGAGCUUUGGAAUUAUCAUUUGCUAUAUUGAACGAACAAAAUAUCCGGGUGUUAGUAAGAGAAAUAUUGUUAUUCUUAGAGAAUUGUCGAGACAAUGAAUUGAAACCGUAUAUUUCUUCCCAGUUGACGACAGCGGCUAAUAAGUUUGCUCCAAAUGAAAAGUGGCAUUUUGAUACUUUGAUAAGGAUGCUUAAACUUUCUGGUAAUUUUAUCACCCCAGACAUUAUUUCAAACAUUUUAGCAUUGAUUAUGCAAUGCAAUGAUUUGGAAUUGAAGAAGCAUGUAGUCGGCAGAUUAUUAUCGUUAUGUUUAGAAGACUCAACGCAAUAUGGUUUAUCAUUAAUAACUGUUUGGUGUUUAGGGGAAUAUGUUGAUCUAAUUUUGGAUGGUAAUGUUGAAGUCAACGGUAAACAAGUACCAGUUACCGAUAAAUUAAUUUUGAAACUAAUCGAUGAGUUGAUUAACAACUCGACAUACUCUGAUCAAGAAACCGUUCACUUGGUUACAUAUAUAUUAACGGCUAUAAUAAAGUUAUCAAUCAAAUUCAAAAACCCAGACUCUAUUGAGAAAUUGAGAUUAAUUUUGAAUUCAAGAGCAUAUGAUAAUAACUUGGAAAUCCAAAUUAGAGCAGCAGAGUACCAAGAAAUAUUUGCUCAGGAUACACAAUUGAAGAAGGGAUUAUUGGCAAGAAUGCCAGCUCCAAAAAUUAAAGCGAGAGAAUCCUUAUCGUUGCAGAAUACCAAUACCCAUAGAACUAAACCUGCUGGUCAUAGUCAUAAUGAUGCAGGUGUUCCUUCGUCAACUAAUGAUUUGUUAGAUCUUUUGGAUGAUAAUAAUGACGCUUCAAAUGUUUCCAACAAUCAUCAACCUAUAAGUAACAACGAUUUAUUAUCAGACUUGUUUGCAGGACCCAGUAAUCCAACACAAUCACAAGCGUCAUCUCAUGCGAAGUCUUCUAAUAAUGGAAGUAUACUAGAUUUGUUUGACUCACCAUCAGCGGCUCAAUCACCUGUUCAGUCCAACUUUGAAUUAGCACAAUCAUCCGCACAACUUAUUAAUGCAUUCUCUAAUUCAAAUAUUGCGAUUUCUUUCUUACCUAAGUCGUUUCCACAGAAUGGCCAGGCAACGAUGGAAGCACAUAUAAAAUCGAAUUCCCCAAGUUCUUCGAUUGAGCAAUUCCAGCUUUUAAUUGCCGUCCCUAAGACUCAAAAGUUAUCAAUAUCAUCAACUUCCGGAGGAGAUACUUUGGUAAAUGGCUCCGACAUAAAGCAGGUAUUGAAGAUUGUUGGUAAACAAGGAUCGAAGGUAAAAUUAAGAGUAAAAGCUAAAUACAUUUUAAACGGUGAAACAGUUGAAGAUUUGUUCGACUUUGCUGGGUUCAGUCUGACAUUAUGA